AUGCAAGUGUCAGUGAUGGUGUCAAGGAGUUUGGUUGGCGACGCAUCUGUCUCCGCACAACAGUCAUGCUACUCGUUCUUUGUGUGUGAAUCUAUUCCACAUUUUGCUGUUGCUAUUGAGCUGGUCGGCGGUCUUCUUGUCACACCCUUUAUAUUUAUCUUCCCUCCAGCCUUCCACAUCCUUAUUAAGCAUAAAGCUAGUGGCCGUGUGGAUGUGAGAGACGUUGUGUUAGCUGCCAAUAUCAUGUGUCUGGGAGCUAUUGGAUGCAUCGCGGCAACUGUUGAGAGCUUUACUCAGGUGGUCAAGCUGAAGGACUUUGCUCCCCCAUGUUAUAUCAAUAUCACUACAGCUUCAGCUAUAACAGAUUCAACAGGAUUUCCUCAUCCAUAA